ACCAGACGGCGGCUUGCCAGCGUACGCCUCUCUCCUCAGUCGUGUCCGAACACCAGCUCGACAGCACCGACUCCUCCGACUGGCGGCUGCCCUCCGGUUGUCCGUACGGCUUCGCGUCCCGUCGUGUCCCGUCACGUCCCGUCGCCGUCGCAACCACCGCGCGGUCGCGCGCACGUUCCUCUUCUCUCCGGGCCGACCCGCAUGCGACCGAUCGGAUACGACCGUCCAACCGACACCGCAGCCGUCGCCGCAACAAUUAUUGCUAUCCGUCGUACCAAUACGUUUUGAAUGAAGAACGUACGUCAAGACGUCGUAUCUCGUUACCAGAGAUCGCUCCAAGUUACAGCACAAACAGUUAUCAUCGCUUAUGUAUGGUUUAUUCCAGACCAAAUUUACACAAACAGCUGCCUUGUGAAGUUAUGUACAGAGCUCUCUACUUUUUAUUCUGUCGGGAUUCUGGAGUCAUUCAAAUAUCUUACCAAAGACGGCUGAUUCUAGUGAUCUAAGAUUAUAACAGUUGCCGUCCAGAUCAUUGUCUUAUAUUUCGAUGGGUUGAGACGAACACUUGUAAGUUUCCAGAGCCUGUCAAACCUAUCUAAUAGUUGGUUCAAAGGCCGAAGGAGACAUAACUUGGAAAUUGUUGUAGAAGGAGAAAAUAUAUAAAUUAGAAAUCUUUGUAAAAGACAAAUUAAUUUACUAUAGUUUAAUUAAAUUCGCGAGGUUUGAACUUAAGCCAAAUUGUGAAGAAAAAAAUUGGCAAACUUACAUAUUUUGAUUUCCCAAAGAAAUUGUCUUUUCUUUGACGUAUAGAUAUUGAAAUGUUGAAAGUGGUAGGAGCAUCAUGGGCUCAGACGCAACUAUCGUGGUGUUUGAUAAUUACAAUUACAUUCUUGGGUUUGCUAGCAUUUUAUUUUGGAGGAACAAGCAGAAAUGAGUAUGAUGGUAAAUAUGCUGCAACAGCGUUUUGGAACAAAGAAUUUGGAUUACGAAUUGAUUUUUGUGGUCAAAAUAACGACCCACUAAUAGUUAGAAAAGGAGUUGCAAGAGCUUAUUACAGACCUGAUUUAACUCGGAAUGGAUGGGCAGUUUUAGAAGUAGAAACUCAAGCUGAGUACCCAGAUCACAUACAAGCUAAGGCUGCUGGAUACUUAGAAGGAAGUUUGACGUGGCAAAUGAUUUACUGGCAUUGGAAAAACACAGUAGAGAAUACAUGUGAUGGAAGAACAAAAUUUUGUGACAGAGUGAGAAAGUAUUUGGAGGAUAAUUCUAUCGAAAUCAAACGAAAAGCAAAACGGCACGAUGAAACAGACCCAUUUUGGCACCAAGUAAAUAUGUUUUACACUCAACUAAAAGCACUGGAAGAUGGUUGGCGAUUUGGUGUAAAGAGAAGCAUGCAAGACAUUGAUAUACCAUCGAUAGAUUUCUUGUGGAUGAAUAUCAUGCCAGAUUUAAAAGACUUUGAACAAAAAUGGAACGCUUCAAAUAACUUUAAUCCGGAUAAGCCAUCAUUAUCUACUACUUUCGUAAAAAUCGUUAAUACAACACCAAUAGAUUUCGUAUUAGCUCAGUCGACCUCGGGAUAUUACGAAUCAAUGUUACGUAUACAGAAACGAUAUAAUUUUGGCUUUCACGAAACUGCAAGUGCCGAUAGUGCACUUGUUCAUGGGAAGAUUAUUGAAUUUUCAUCGUAUCCCGGAUCUGUUUAUUCUCAAGACGACUUUUAUAAGAUAACAAAGGCAGCAUCUAAAAUAGAAACAACCGUUGUUGGGACAGAAAUUCAAAAUAAUAAUCGACAAUUAUGGGAAAAAAUUAUGAAAACAGAUCAGGUUCUUUUGGGUGCUAGAGUUAUGGCAGCAAAUCGUUUAGCCAGUACUAGUAAAAAGUGGUACGAGAUGUUUUCAAAAAGCAAUAGCGGAACUGGAAAUAAACAAUGGUUGAUCAUUAAUGUGAAUAGCACAUCAAUAGAAUUCGGAGUCAUUGAACAAAUGCCCGGUAUUGUUAGUUACGACGAACUUUCAAAUACACUUUUGUCCACCGGUUAUUGGGUCAGCAGCAGUUAUCCAAGUCUCGAGCAAACUGUUUACAUCAGUAGUAACGGAGUAUUUAAAAUGUCAGAUGGUGAUAAUCGACCCGAUCAUCCGGUGGCUAAUGUGUUACACGCCGGGCAACAAAAUGUGACCAAUUUAAAUUCCUUGAUUGAACUCAUGCGUGGAACCGAACUAUCGAUGAUCGGACGAAGUGACCUAUUAGGCAUAAAGACCAAUACCAUGUUUCGCCGUUUUUCCAAUCGAUUAUUUGUGGAACAACUGACCGCUACCAAUAGGCAAAUUUCGGCGGAGGGUACAACGCAAUUGAAAGACGAUCUAAUGACAAUCAUAAUGAACAAGUUGCAAACAUCCGAUGAAUCCGAUGAGAAAUUAGACAUAGAUAAAAGCUUUACGGGAAUUUUGGAUUUGAAAAUUACUUCGGCAUAUAUGAAUAGUUUCAUCGUGGCUUCUGGACCACCGUUCACAAUGGACCCUACGGUAGUUGAACCGUUUUGCUGGUCUGAAAGUCCGAUCAGACACUUACCUCAUUUCGGACACCCGGAUAAGUGGAAUUUCAAUCUAGAAAGUAUUGUUUGGGUUUGGAAUUGAACAAGCAAAUAAAAUCAUUAAGCUUUCGUAUUUCAACAUCACACCUCUAGAAAUACAGAUAGACUCAAUCCGAAAAAAAAUAAUUACACGAUAUUAAAUUUACUUUUUUUUAUGUACGCUUUUUACAUAGAAUUGCAUCGAUGAUAUUAUCUAAUUAUGUGAUAUUAGCUAGUAGGAGAAUAAAUUAUGUUUCUAUUACAGUAUAAA